AUGACUCACACAACAUCUGAAAACACAUCAGUACAAGUGGCUCUUCGUAUAAGACCUCUAACUGCUGAAGAUAUGGUAAAUUUACCUUCACGAUUUCAAAAAAACGUUUUAUCCACCUCACGAUUCGCACCAAAUCAAGUAACGGUUUUGGGCGAAAAGAAACAAUCAUUCACAUUUGAUUAUGUUUUUGGUGCUGACGCGUCUCAAAAAGAUUUAUAUGAUGUUGCUGUAAAAAACAUGGUUGACAAAUUUUUAGAAGGAUUUAAUGUAACUGUUUUAGCAUAUGGUCAAACAUCAUCAGGUAAAACUCAUACAAUGGGCACAGCUGAUGAUUCCACUAAAUCUUCUGAGGAAAAAGGCAUAAUUCCACGUGCUAUAAGUACCCUUUUCUCAUAUAUAAAUUCUGCACAGUAUAAAAAUCGUAAAUGUACAAUGAAAGUAUCUUUUGUUGAAUUAUACAACGAAGAUCUUAUUGAUCUACUUUCCGAAGAAGAAGAUCUGGAAAGCAAGCCACAAUUAAUGAUCAGAGAGGAUUCAAAAGGUAAUAUCAUAUGGAGUGGUUUACAAGAAAUUAAAGUCACUAGCGUCGAUGAAGUAAUGGGUCAUUUGGCUCGUGGAUCAUUGAACCGUCAAGUCAAUUUCACCGAUAUGAAUUCACAAUCAUCUCGAUCACAUGCCAUCUUUUCUGUUACCCUUUCACAACAAAAAAUGGUUUCAUCAUCAUCAUUUACUAAUAAUGCUCGUGAUAGUCCAUUACCAACAUCUCCCACCAAUUAUUCGUCAACCUCCAGCAAUCCACCAUCAAGAUCUGGUUCUAGAAUGAGUUUCUCAAAAAAUAAUGAAAAAGGUGAAUGGGUUUCAGUUACAAGUAAAUUUCAUUUUGUAGAUUUGGCUGUAGGAGAUAGAGCAAAAGAGGGAAUAUCAAUUAAUUCUGGUUUGUUGGCAUUAGGAAAUGUUAUUUCUGCUUUGGGUGACCCAUCAAGAGCAAAAAACACAACACAUGUUCCAUAUCGUGAUUCAAAACUCACUCGUCUAUUACAAGAUUCAUUAGGUGGCAAUGCUCAAACCUUAAUGAUUGCUUGUGCUACUCCAGCUGAAUAUAAUAUCAGCGAGACAAUAAACACUCUUAAAUACGCUAAUCGUGCUAGGAACAUAAAAAAUGUUGCCACUGUUAAUCAGGAAGAAGCUGGCUGGCAUGAUUUGGAGCAUUUACAGCAUUUAGUUUUAAAACUUAGAAAUGAAAUAAAGGCUUUGAAACAAUCUGUUAGCAUUUCUUCUAACAAUCCUGGUUCUGGCAGAAAUACUCCUAUUCUACAACCUGAUGGCAGAGAUGACUCUCCACCCACUCCAUUAACCAUAUCGACUACCAAUUUACACAACAAAGACAAAGAUAUUGAAGCUCUCGAAAUACAAAUAUCAGAAUUACAACGUUCAUAUGCUGAACUCUCUCAAAAACAUGCAAAAACCACAGCUGAAUUAUACACAUAUCAAGAUAACCUUGAAAACUCCGGUUAUUCCUCAAAUGGUUUAACUCCUAUAAUAGAAGAAGAAGCUAUUUAUGCUAACAUUAAUAACAACGGCGACAAUAAUAAAUUGUUUGUCAAUUUUCAAGAAACCGUAGGUCCUGUGAUUAAAGAAUAUGAAAAAUCAAUCGCUGAUCUUGAAAGUAAACUUUCUUUGACUCGUGCUGCUUUGUCCACUUCAGAAAAACUAGUUCAAGAACAUUCAAUAAAACUUGCUGAAGUUGAAGAUUUAAAUCAUAAAAAUAAAAACAUGAUAACAGAUUUGAAAAAUAAAAUAUUUAAACUUCAUGAACGUGAGGAAACUACUGAAAAUUAUAUUAAAGAUCUAGAGGCUAAGGUUAAUUCUCAAGAUAUCGAACAGAAAAAAGAUCAAGAAGUCAUAACUGAAUUAAAACAUAAGGUUUAUGAACUUCAAUCAAACGCUGAAGAUAGUGAAGGCAUCAUCCGAAAAUUAGAAGCCAAAUUGCUCAAAACUGAACAAAAAUCUAAUAAUGCAAAUGUGACUCUUUCACAACUCGAACAAUUUUUACAAGAGAAAGAAGAAGCUUAUGUAAGUUUAGAAGGAAGACUCAACCAAGAAAAAUCCAAUGACGAAAAAGAUACUAAAUUAUUGUUGACUGAGAUUGAAGAUCGUGAUAAGAGAAUCGCUGAACUUGAGAAAAAAGUUGACGAACUUGUAAAUAAUAUUAAACUUGAAUCUAAAUUAUAUGAACUUCAAAAAACUCACGAAGAUACUGUUUUGGAAUUCCAAGAAAUAAAAGAUAAAUAUCAAGGUUGCCUUGAAGAAUUAAGUGAACUUUAUACUCAAUUGGCUGACGCUAAAAUGUUGCAUCUUAAUAUAGUUGAAACCACUCCUUCAACUCCAAUGACCGAUACUUUUGACGAAUCAAGUAAUCCCAAUUCUUUGUCACCUUACACACAUGGCACACAUAGAAAAGCAAGGUCUUUAUCUACUGAAAUUAAAGGUGCCGAGAAAAAAGAACUUACUAGUAUGGCUAUGAUUCAAAAACUUCAAAUUGAACUUAGGCAAUUGGAAUUACUCCAUGAGGAUAAGGCAAAAGGUUUAGAUGCUGUUAGACAAGAAUUUGCUCGUCUCGAAAUUAAUCAUUUAGCUACUAUUGAAAUAAUAGAGGAGCUUCGAGAAGAAAUUAAAAGACGUGAUGCUUUAGCGCAAUUGGAAGUUAUGUCAGUUAUGACUUCUGAAUAUGCUUAUACUGAUGGUGGCUUUUCUGCUGCUACAAGUGAAAUAGAUCAAAUUGAUAUCGUACAUCGUCUUAGAGACGAUGUUGAACAACUUAAAGAAGAACAAAGAAAAACGCUUGAUUUGCUUUCAAAGAAUGAUAAUAAAGAAGAAAUCAACAAUGAUGAAAUUCUCAAAAUUGAAUCUACCAUUCUUCAACUUAAAUCAGAAAUGAAUCAGUUUAUUGAGGAGCGUGAUCAGAAAUUUGAUAAAGUUAACGAUGAGGUCAUCAAUAAAUUAAAAUCAAAAAUAAAAGAGUACGAUGAACAACUUAUCCAAGCUCAAGAAUCCCAACGACAAAUUCAAGUUAAUCAAGUAAUUGCUAACCUUGAGGAAAUCGACAAAACCACCACUACCGUCACACCUGAAUCUGAACAAGCAUCUGAGUUGCGUCAACAAGUUGAAAGAAUUCAAAAUGAGAUCGAGGCUAAAAGUCAUACUAUAGCUGCAUUAUUGUUUCCUUCAGUUGAAAACCAAAACACUAUUAGGCGAUUAGAGGAUGAACUCCAAGAAUCUAGAGAUGUUCUUCGUCUUGCGAUCGAAGAGAGAAAUAAUAGGUUAGAAACAAUUUCUGAAGAUGAUGACGAUGAAUAUGAAAUUGGUGACAAGCAUGUUAAAGAGUUAGAAAGCCGAGUAAAAGAUCUUGAAUUUCAAUUGACUAAAGCCAAAGAAGCACAACAUGUUCCUACUAGAAGAAGUUCAAUAGCAGAUAAUAUGAAUCAAACAUACGAUACAAUAGAAGUUCUUGUACGAAAACUGAACGAAUUACAACAUGAAUUGUCGGGUGAAAAAUCUAACCUAGAUGAUCAUGAAACUGAACUUUUUACUAAUCUUCGAAAACAAGUUGACAUGCUCAAAACAGAAAUUGUUCAAAAAUAUGAAUUGAUUGAUACAUUAAAAAGAGAUCUCGCUGAUAAGUCAACAAUACAACAAAGAUUGAGAGAAAAAGAAUCUGAAGCAUUGGCCUUCAGAACUAAAUUAAUGGAGGUUCAUAAACAUGAAGAGGUAUUGGAGAAUGAAAUAAGAGAACUUAAAGCAAGAUUAUACCAAUUGGAAAAUGGUGAAGAUGUUAACAAAGUUCUUCAUGCUGAAUUGGAGACCUUGAGAAAAGAACUUAAGGAAGUCCAUGGUCGUGAAGUUGUUGCUUUAGAGAGGCUUCGUGUUCUGAAGGCAAAGAUGGGCACAGAUAACGAGGAAUCACAUUUACAAGAACAAUUAGAACAUUUGCGAUCUGUUGAGAUAGCACAACGUGAACGCAUCUUAGUGUUGGAGGGAAUACUUGCAGAACAGGGUGGUAAGGUUGAUGAAGAUCUUAUCAAGUUAAGAACCGAUUUAGCCUUCGCAAAAGAUUCUGAAAUUACAUAUAAGAAAACAAUUGAAAGCUUGGAAAAUAAAUUGAAGAAAGCUGAGGAUAGGUCUCAAGUUGCACUUUUGAAACGUGAGAUUAGCGUAAUUAAAAACAAAGAAAUUGAACAAUUAGCUAAAAUCCAAGAACUUGAACUUAAAUCAAGUCAACAAACCUCCAAAGAUGGCCAACGAGUUAAAGAGUUAAAUGAAGAAAUUGAAAAAUUGCGUGCUAACGAAAGAGAACAACGUAAGCAAAUGGAGACUCUUGAAAUCCGUUUGGAAUUGGUUCAAGAUGAAGAUCCCAAUAUUUCUUCAUUGCGUGACCAAAUUUCAUCCUUAAAAGCCUCCGAAACAGAUCUAAAAAGAAAUGUUCAAGAACUUGAAUCCAAAUUGCUUUCUUCACAAAAAGAAGCCAAUAUUUUUGAAACUGUUAAAGAGGAGGUCAAACUUUUAAAAGAAAUCGAAACUCAACAAAAAUCUACAAUUGAACAAUUACAAUCACAACUACGUAAAGUUAGGAAUACCAAAGAAGCAGCAAUAAAAGAAUUACAAACUAUGAAAGGAGGUUUCAGUCUUCAAAAAGAACUUGUGAUUUCCCAAGAGGAAGAGCUAAAAGUUCUGAGACAAGAGUUAGCGAUAACAAAAGAAAAAAACAAAACUUCUUUGGAUGAAUUUGAAAGUCUUUCAAAAUCGUUAAAUGAAAUCGAAAAACAACGUGAUGAUUUACAAAAGAAGGUAAAAGUUUUGGAAAUUGAAAUUGAGACAUACAAAAUUGCAGGCUCGGGUGGUGAUAGUAACAUCAAAGCCUUACGUGAAGAAUUAUCCAAUACUAAACUUGAAAUGGUUGCACAAAAUGAAAUUCUUGCUGAACUUGGUUCACAAUUAAUAGAAAUUGAAAAAUCACGUGUCCAAAAUGACAAACAUGUUGAAGAAUUAAAGAAAACCCUUAAAGAGAAAGAGGCUAGUCAAAAAGAUGCAAUAAAAUCAUUAGAGAAUACAUUGGUAACUUUAGAGACAGAACUCAGUAAAUAUAAAAACUCAUCAAAUGUAAAUAAAGAAAAUAUCACAAAUAUUGAAGGAAAGCUUUCAAUUGUGAAGGAGCAGCUUCAGUACGCAAAAGAUUUGGAUGAAAAACGUUCCACGAUGAUCAAUGAUUUGGAAAGCAAACUAGUGAAAGCUGUUGAUGCCUUAAAAGAAAAAGAUAAUGAUAUUGUUAAUCAGGAUAAUAUGCUUGCUGAAUUGGAAAAAAUAAUACUUGCAACGCAAACAGAAUUAUCUUCUUCCAGAUCGUCUGAAAUCGAAGAAUCCGAAAGAAUCAAACAACUCCAGACCAAAUUAAGUGAACUUACUUUCAAGUUAUCAAAUCAUUCUUCUUCAGCUGAGAUUGAGCUCAUAAAAAAUGAACUUUCGAAAUCAAAAACAAAUGAAGCUGAACAAAACCAAAUAGUCAAAGAGUUAGAAAUGAAAUUAAAAGAGGCACAAAGUCUUCGUAACGAAGAGAUUUCUAAACUCAAAGAUGCAAAUAAAGAAAUAGACGAACUUCAAGAGAAAUGUACCAAUUUACAAAAUAAACUCGAAGAUGCCAUUCAUGAUUCUUUAAUUCAAAGUUAUGAAAAUAUUGACGAUUCUGCGGUUGAAGAUCUUGCAAAUCAACUUAAAAAAGCACAUGCCCAAGUUGUAGAAAAUAGAGAUCGUGUAGUAGAAUUAGAAAAAUCCACAAAACUACUUGAAUCCGAAAAAUCUGAACAAAUUGAAAGAAAUGAAAAUCUUGAACAACACGUAGAACAACUUCAAAAAGAUAUUGAAAAUUUGGCCGAAGAAUUUGCUGAAGUUGCUAACAAAUUUAAUGAUACUGAUGAAUUAUCAAAACAACAAAAGAGUCGUAUUGUUGAAUUAGAAAUAGCUCUUGAAGAAGCCAAGAAAAAACCAACCGAUAAUCAUAAUUCAGCAUUGACAAAUCCUGCAUUAGCUAAACUGGCAUCAGCUAAUGAACUUUUGCGUCAAACUAAUGAAAAUCUCAAUUUGAAGACAGCUGAAGCCGGAGAACAAAUCAAAGCAUUAAAGGAAAAGAUAAAAACAUUGGAAAAAGAAGUUAUGAACGAUGGUGAAAAUAACAAAUUAAGAGAAAAAAUAAAGGAACUUCAAUCAGAAAGGGAUGAAUUGGAAGAAGCCAAUGAAAAUUAUUUUGAAGAACGUAGUAAGCUAGACCUCAAAGUAGAAUCAUUGCUUGAACAAUUACGUUUAGUUGGACUUGGCGGAAAUCAUGCAGCAACUCAAAUAACGCAAUUAAAUGAGCAAGUUAUAAAUCUUGAAAAAGAACUUUCUAUUCUGGAACAAAAAUCAUCUCUUGAAUCUAAUGAAAUGGAAAGUGAAAUUACACGAUUAUUGGAAAUAAAUGAACAACUUGAGCAUGAUGUUAAAGAUUUGGGCAUAGAUUUAUCGAAUCCACGUAGCAGCAUUAGCGAUACAAAUUCACAUUCAGGUGCUGAAGAUUCAGCCAAAAACAAAAUUAUUAAACAAGAAGUUUUAAUUGCGCAUCAAAAUAAUAUUAUUAAAACCCUUAAAGAAAGAAUCACAGACUUGGAAAGAAAUGAUAAUGAUAACGCGCUUUCCCGUAUCUCUCAACCUCCUACACCUGGUCUCCCAAUUGGACAUUCAUCAAGAGCACGUUCAAGAAGAGGAUCAGAUGCAAAUACAACAGCAGCUGAACUCGUAUCAGAAAUUCAGAAAUUACACAAAAAGAUUGCAAAACUUGAAGGUGAAGGCUUACAAAACAGAAACCUUGUUGAAUCUUUGGAAACUGCACUCAAAGAUGAAGAAACAGAACUUCGUGUUGCUAAGCAACAAUUAUCGAUAUUACAACGUGAAAAAAGUGAUCAUAUGGGUGAAAUCAGAAAGCUGAGAACAGAAUUAGAUGAUGCACAAUUAAAAGUAGAAGAGGCCAAAUCUACAGUGCAAGAAGAGAAGAAGGUUAUGGAGACAGUAUUAGAGGAGGAACGAAAAGCCAAAGAAAGAGCAGAAAAGGCAAGAUUAGCUUUAGAGAGUCGAAUGGAACAACUCAUUGCAAAAAGAAACAAAUUUAUGUGUUUCUAA